GAAAAAUCAGUCAUUCGAUUUGAGUUGCUGCUCAAAUUAGUUGACCUAAGGACGUUACGCAAAAAAAAAUUAAAAAUUUUUUGCAAAAAUUCCAACAUGACUGAAGACUCGUGGGUGUUAGAUUCGCUGGUGUGCUUUCUACAUGGACCUGUUUGGAAUGCGCCACUUCAGACGUUCAUCGAGGAGAAAUCAUUAGUUUUCGAUCCCAAUAUGCAAAUUGAUGAGAAUAAUUCCGACAUUGUGGCCAUACAUAAUGAGUACAAGAAUCUAGUAGACUACAUGCUGGGCAGCUUUAUGGAAGAAAUGCAAAUUACACCGGAACAAUUUGAGACGGCUUGCAUGGAAGGCCGAAACCCGGACAAUCAUUUGCACUUUCACCAGGGUCUUUUUCAGCAGAUUUGGGCAGCCAAUGAUAUAAAAAUGUUUAUACGCAUGAUGACCCAACGGAAUGUGGAGUUACAACUGCAGGCGUUGGAUUUGAUUGAGAAAAAUCAAUUAGCUCUGCUGCAGGAGAGCGAACCCGCUGACAAUGCCAGCUCCACGGAAACCAGUAGUUCUCAUUGUGAAAAAUAUGAUGAAGUCGAGAAUUUUAUAGCGAAGUCCUUGGAGAAGGAACUGGAAAGCCCAGAAGCGGCAGUAACCCCUGAACCGGAGAGUGUAGACUCAAGCGUGAACGAAAAAUUUGCGCGUUUGAAUUUAUUCUUCGACAACCAAAGGAUUGAUCCCGAUGAUGUUGUGUCGCGUCAGGAAUACCUUCGCCAGCAACGUGAUAAAAUUGUUGAAAUUAAGAAAAAGACACGCGCCAAGCAGCUGCUCGAAACGGUGGCGCGCAAAAGUGCUACCAGUCAGGCGUCUACUGGACGUCCGUCCUCAGCACAAGUGGCGCAGAAAUUGCUGGAAAACGGCGGUAAAGCCACCGAGCUGCUAGAAAAGGAAAACGUUGGUGAAGGCGCAGGUGAAGGUGAGCCGCAGAGUUCGGCGUUGCAAUUGCGUAAGACCUUGGCUAAACGUUUGCGGGCCGAGGUGGUGGAACAUGAGUAGAAAAAGCUAUUAAGUAAGGUUGUAAUUAGCUAAAAAUUGUACUUUUUCACUUUUUAGUGCAAUAAAUGAGUAAUACCCGUAUUCAGAAUUCUUCCGAAGUAAAGUAUUUACAUAUGCAGGUGUAAUCCUAGAUAUAGUAAACUUUCAUCGAAGUCUCACGUUGAGAAGAAGAUUUCCGAAUUCUUAAUAUCAUUCUGGCAAUGUAAACGGGUCUUUGGUAAAACGAGGGGUCUUCGCAG